AUGAAUCUUCGUGUACUUGUUAUUAAUACGCGUAUUCAGCAGGUGGAUCCACAACAGGCGACAUUGUUGCGUGAUAGCGGUACACUUCCUUCAGCUGACUUGGUGAGCCCCCUUUAUUUCGGGGGUUCUGCCUUCUGCUCAGUCCGCUAUUCGUCGCCGGCGACACCGAUGGCCUUUAUUCAUUUGCAUCUCCUACUCUUCUCAUCUCAGCACUUCAAGAUCUCCGCUCUGAAGCACCCUGCCUUAAACCCCAGUAGAUUCUUUUUCACAGAGGCUCCUCCUGCUAAAACCAUAGAAGAAGAAUUUGGGGCAACUUUGACUAAGCAAGAAGAGACAUCUGACGUCUUCAAACAAUGGGGUUUCACAGAAAAUGACAUCUCCAAGAUUUUCAAGCGCCUAGCAUCUUCCCGCAGAAUGUCACAGACCCUUCUUCAAUCAAAGCUCCAGACACUCACUGACUUGGGCAUUACAUCCUCCCACCUUACAAAGAUUAUAACAUACCGUCCUGGUCUCUUACGCAGACGAAUCGAAGGUUGCUGGGAACAGCGCCUUCAAUUUUUGAGAAAUUUGUUUGGGUCAAAUGAGGUAUUUCUUAAAGCUGUUAUGAGAAAUCCAUCAUUGCUUACUUAUGAUCUAGACGACAAAAUUAGGCAUGUGAUUAGAAUCUAUGAAAAUUUGGGUCUUAGUAGAAGUGAUUUAGUAUCUAUGUUACUGGUUCGCCCUGAAAUGAUUUCAAGAAGUUCUGUAGAAGAUAAGAAGCUUGAUUUAAUUCAUAGAACGAAGGUGGAAAAGGGUUCCCGGAUGUAUAAGUAUGUCGUUGCAUUGAUUCUAGUUUCGCGGGUUGUAACUAUCCGUGAAAAGGUGGCUAAUUUGGUGAAAAACGGGUUACCGGAAGAUGAGGUUUUCCAGCUUUUCGGAAGAUCACCACUCGUGAGCACGCUUUCCAUUGAUAAAGUGAAAAGGAAUAUGGAUUUUGUAAUAGGCACUGUGAAGCUAUCUACCAGUGUAGUACUUAACAAACCGAGUUUGCUGUUAUUGAAUUUGGAUACCGUUAUUAAACCACGAUUUCUUUUAGGGGAAAAGAUAGAAAGUAUGGGGCUUCUCCCCCAGUUCAAGGGUCCUACGGUUUUCACAGCAUUGAGGAUGACAGAGAAGCGGUUCAUGGAGCACUUUAUAUAUUGUCAUCCGGAGAAUGCUAGGGAUGAGCUGCUGCCCUUCUAUAGAAGUGCCAAAAGCCCUUUAUCUUAA